AGUUAUGGAGUGGAGCAAUUAUUCCAUGUAUGCCGACUUUGUCCUCUUGGGCUUGUUCAGCAACACACGUUUCCCCUGGCUUCUCUUUGCUUUUAUCUUCCUGGUAUUUGUCAUCUCAGUAGCCAGCAACACCAUGAUGAUCAUUCUCAUCCACCUGGAUUCCCGCCUCCACACUCCCAUGUACCUCCUGCUCAGCCAGCUUUCCAUCAUGGAUAUCUUGUACAUUUCCACCAUUGUGCCCAAGAUGCUGGUUGACCAAAUGGUAGACCAAAGGGCCAUUUCCUUUGCAGGAUGCACUGCCCAGCACUUUCUCUAUUUGACCUUGGCAGGAGCUGAGUUCUUCCUUCUAGGACUCAUGUCCUAUGACCGCUAUGUUGCCAUCUGCCAUCCUCUGCGCUAUCCUGUCCUUAUGAACCGCAAAGUCUGCUUGUUGAUUGUGGUGGCAGCCUGGCUGGGAGGGUCCAUAGAUGGCUUCUUACUUACACCAGUCACCAUGCAGUUCCCUUUCUGUGCUUCUCGGGAAAUAAAUCACUUCUUCUGUGAGGUACCUGCUCUUCUGAAGCUCUCCUGUAUGGAUACAUCAGCCUAUGAGACAGCCAUGUAUGUCUGCUGUAUCAUGAUGCUCCUCAUUCCUUUCUCUGUCAUCUCAGCCUCUUACACAAGGAUUCUCAUUGCUGUUUACAGAAUGAAAGAGGCAGAAGGGAGGCAAAAGGCAGUGGCCACUUGCUCCUCACACAUGGUAGUUGUCAGUCUCUUUUAUGGGGCUGCCAUGUACACCUAUGUGCUACCUCACUCUUACCAUACUCCUGAGCAGGACAAGGCUGUGUCUGCCUUCUACACUAUCCUUACUCCCCUGCUCAACCCACUUAUUUACAGCCUCAGGAACAAAGACGUCACAGGGGCCCUACAGAAAGCUCUGGGAAGGUGCUCAGCCUCAGGAAGGUAACCACCUUCCAAAGAAACUGCAUUUGCUGCUAGAGGUUUGAAGAAGAGGAUAUAGGAGUUAAUCAUCAUCUUUGGAUUUAAACAUUGUCUGCCUGGAAA